UAAAAGAGAAGUGCAUUUUUCUAUUUGAUUUUCCUUUUUUUGUAUUCUGCUUCACAUUUUGGGAUUCUGUUGGGUUCAGUUUGCCUGAUUUGGUACCAGAAUGAAGCUCGGCCACCUCGGACUCGGGUAAGAGACAAAUAUGAGCCACCUUAUUCUACUUUUCUCGUUGUUCUUGGCCCCAGCAUUUGCUGAUGGAAGAGGUCAGAAAUCAACCCAAAACCUUUGCUCAAAUGAUGUCAGCCACAAACGCCAGAAGAGAGACUGGAUAUGGAACCAAUUGCACAUCCAAGAAGAGCUUGAUACACCUUUGCCACACCACGUUGGCAAGAUCACGUCCAGCGUGAGGAACAAGAAUGCCAAGUACAUCAUCGAGGGCGAGUUCGCCAACACCAUCUUCAAGGUGGAGGAGACCAGCGGGGACGUGUACGCCUUCGAGAGGCUGGACAGGGAGAAGAAGGCCGAGUACGAGCUGACGGCCCUCAUCAUUGACAGGACCAACAACAGGUCCCUGGAGCGCCCCUCCAGGUUCAUCAUCAAGGUGUACGACAUCAACGACAACGCCCCCGUGUUCGUGCACAAGGUGUUCAACGGCUCUGUCCCAGAAAUGUCACCUGUGGGGACCUCAGUCACCAAGGUGACAGCUGUGGAUGCUGAUGACCCCACAGUGUCAGGUCAUGCCACCGUGACCUACGAGGUCACCACAGGAGGGGAAUAUUUCACCAUUGAUGACUCUGGUGUGAUUUAUACAAAAGAGCCUAAUUUAGACAGAGAGACCAAGGCCACGUACGAGAUUGUUGUCCAAGCCAAAGAUGCUCCGGGUUUCUCUGGGGAUUCCAGCACGGCCACGGUGAUCAUCGCCCUGUCCGACAUCAACGACAACUCCCCCGAGUUCAAACUCUCAUCAUUUCACUUUAAAGUUCCUGAAAACGUUUCGGUCGGAGGAGAAGUUGGCAGAGUCAAAGUAGAAGAUAUUGACGAACCACAGCACAGAAAUACAAGAUACAGCUUUAUCCAAGGAGAGUUCAGGGACACCUUUGACAUUGUAGCAAAUCCAUACACAAAUGAAGGAAUCAUUAGGCCAAAGAAGCCCCUGGACUUCGAGGCAGUGUCAGAGUACAGGUUCAGCAUCGAGGCCACGGACCCCACGGUGAACCUGCGGCACUUCAAGCCCGGCAAUCCCCGCAGCAUCGCCAGCGUCGUCAUCGAGGUUACGGACGUGGACGAGCCCCCCGUGUUCAGGAGGCUCCCCUACGAGUUCAAGGUGAGGGAGAACCACGCAGAGGUGAAAACUCUCGGCUCGGUCCACGCCGAGGACCCCGACGCAGCUAAACGGAAAAUCAGAUAUAUUCAGCGUAGAGCAAAUCCUAAUGGAGACUUCGUCAGGGUAUCCAACAGCGGAGUUAUUCAACUUCCCAAGCCUCUGGACAGAGAAUUCAGCUCCUCAUACAACAUCACUGUGGCAGCUGUGGAGAUCCUUGAAGAUGGCCGCCUGUCCGACAGAGAGUCGCACGCCCACGUCCAUGUCAUCGUGGAUGAUGUCAAUGACAAUGCUCCAGAGCUGGUGUCUCCUGAGGAGCCCCGAGUGUGUGAAAAUGCUGCACCUGGGAAGGUGAUUGUCAGGAUUUCAGCUGUUGACAAGGAUGAAACAUCUCCCAGAGGCUUCUUCAGAUACUCGCUGGCCACAGAAGACAGCAACUUCUCCCUGAUUGAGAACUACGACAACACCGCUAACAUCACUGUCAAAUACGGGCAGUUCAACCGGGAACUUGCCAAGUUCCACUACCUGCCCGUGCUCAUCUCAGACAAUGGUGACCCUGACCUCACCAGCACAAACACCCUGCUCAUCAGUGUCUGCAAGUGCAAUGAGAAAGGCAACUUCACCUUCUGUGAGGAGAGGGCAAAGCAGGUUGGCGUCAGCAUACAAGCGCUGGUGGCAAUUUUUAUCUGCAUCUUCACAAUCAUUGUGAUUGUGUUGCUGAUCCUGCUGAGAAGGAGGCACAAGAAGGACCUGAGCGGGCUGGGGAGGAGCGUGGCAGAGAUCCACGAGCAGCUGGUGACCUACGACGAGGAGGGCGGCGGCGAGAUGGACACCACCAGCUACGACGUGUCCGUGCUCAACUCCGUGCGCAAGAACGGCCUCAAGGCAGAGCCCGCUCCCUCUCCCUAUGCUCAGGUCCAGAAACCUCCUGGGAGCAUCCCCCCUGCAGCUGGGGGCAUGGAGAUGAUGAUUGAGGUGAAGAAGGAUGAGGCUGACAACGACAGGGAUCUGCUGCCCUACGACACCCUGCACAUCUACGGCUACGAAGGCGCCGAGUCCAUCGCGGAGUCGCUCAGCUCCCUGGGCUCGGGCUCCUCAGACUCAGACAUUGACUAUGACUUUCUCAAUGACUGGGGACCCAGGUUCAAGAUGUUAGCUGAGCUCUAUGGAUCAGAACCAAGCGAAGAUUUUGUGUAUUAAGCUCAAACUAGCCACGAGUUUUCUCCCUCCCGCUACAGACUGACACCAAGAGACUGCCAGUGGCCAAAGAGGAACUCACAGCUCUUCCCUCAAGGAGUUCAAACAGGCAUGGAAAAAAUCUGCAGCAGGGUUAAAAACACACACAGAGAUCACCUGUAUUAACUUCCCCCAGCACUACUGUCCUCACUAACAAUCAUUUUUUGCCCCAAAAUUCCUGCUCACUGAUCUGCUCAAGCCUUCCAGAACACACCUGGAAGUGUGUUCUUCCCUUCCUCACCCUCUUUUCCCCACUUCUCCAGGUUUUGUCCCCAGUUUCUCCCUCAAUCCUCUCCUCCUGUGCUGUUUCCAUCCACAUGCAUCAAGGUCACCCUCCAUUGGGAGAGAGGCUCAGUGCCAUUGGGAAUGGAUGUUUCAGCCCCCCUGGAUCUCCAGCUGGCUGCUUUGCCUGCCCCUCUUGCAACAUCUUUAUUGAUAUUCCACACUUAUGCUCACCCAGCAGAAGAGAGGAGGAACAUAUGGUCUAUCACUUAGUAUUAGAAACUAUUCCAUCACUUUCAAAAAGAAGCAUUAUUUUUUUCCUUAUUUCCCUUCUAUUAAUUAUUUUUGCUUUAUAGCCUUCCACUACAUCUAUGAGUUACUCAAGAUAAAAUUAGACAGGAUUUUUAGACACACAAUCUGGUUUCAUCUGUCAUUUUUAACAGCCUGAUGACAAUUUCAUGUCUGGCAUGCUAGAAUUUGCUCUAGCUAGCAGCAAAAUUGUUUUUUCUCUCUGUAAAUAGGAUCUCAGUGUUACUCAAUGGAACAUGUCCUGCAGGGCAGGAAAUGUGGAGAUCAGGGGAAUGUCAAGACUCCGAGACUGUAAAUCUCUCUAGAUGGAAAUACAGGUCUCUCCAGAUUUCUUAAGAGGUUGAAUAGGGGGUUUAUUCAGCAUUAUUAAAGCAAUAGCAUUUUUUCAGGGACAAAAAAAGAAGGGCCUCAUUACUGUGAAACUGUUGUGCUUUUUUUCUAAGCAGGUACUGUAAAAGGAGUUUUUUCCACCUAGGAAAAUACUGUAGACUCCCAUAGCCAUAGCAGAAUGCUACACACCCCCACACUGGGCUGCUUAAAAGCACCACAAGCUUAAGGCAGGUU